UCUGGAUUCGGCAAAGUUUGUAAGCGAGCUCUCCCUCAUGUGACAGCGCGUCGCUUUGGCGCUGUUGCUUGUCGUGCGCUGCGUCAAAUGGCGCGCGCCACAAACGCCACUCCAGUCUCCAUUGCCGUCAUCACCAUCGGAUUCAUCGGAUUCGGGCGGGUUUUCCCGUGUUCACUAAUCACCAUCAAUUUGAGAGGCUACGCUUGAAAUUGAGAGGAAUCUAUUGGAUGUAACUGUCGUCGCUGCCUGACGGGAAUGUCUGUUGUCCCACCCAGGACUUUUACACUUAGGUUAUAGCCAGCGGUUUGCCUGCUGGAGAUGAUAAAGUUCUCCAUUCCUUCAGGGCAACAGUUGACCUCCCUCAUUCACGACAAGCUAGACGACUGGUACCCAAACUCAAUCAGCUCCAUCAUGACUACCAAGGUUGUUACCCGAGAGGAAUGGGUCGCCGCCCGCAAGACGCUGCUCGAGAAAGAAAAGCAGAUUACCCGAGCCCAGGACGCUCUCGCCGCCCAGGUGCGGGAACUUCCAAUGGUUCUAGUCGAUAAACAGUACAAGUUCCACGGUCCAGGUGGAACAACGUUGUCACUCGAAGAUCUCUUCGGCGGUAAAGACCAGCUCAUCGUCUACCACUUCAUGUUCGACCCGGAUGCCGAGCGGGGAUGCAGAGGAUGUGCCUUUGUCGGCGAGCACAUCCCCGACCUUUGUCAUCUACGCUCUCGCAACACCAACAUGGUCGUCAUCUCCCGGGCGCCCUUUGCCAAGCUGGACGCGUGGAAGAAGAAGCUUGGCUGGACGUUUCCCUGGUACUCGAGCGAGGGGUCUGACUUCAACUACGACUUUCAUGCGACAAUGGACCGUUCAGUCCGUCCUGUGGAAUACAACUUUGCAACGGCAGCGGAGUUGGACGCCAAAGGCCUGAACUACAACACCACGGGCGAGCAGCCGGGUUUGAGCGUCUUUCUGCGCCGAGAUGGCAAGGUGUAUCACACCUAUUCUGCGUAUUCGCGAGGCCUGGAUCGACUGCUGGGGACCCUCCAGCUGCUGGACAUGACGCCUCUCGGUCGUCAGGUUGGUCCGGGCGGGCCGGGGGAAUUCAAGGUGAGGUACGAAUAUGAGGAAUAUGCUUGAGGAAGGGAAGUUUUGAGGUUAGGAGUGCAAAUUGACGCCUUGGUCUUAUGUUUGUCAUUGACUCCGUGAACCUCAGAAAGGUACAAUGAGGUAGGUACCGGCCUGGAUUGCGAAGCAUCAGAUUAACCGAGUAUCUAUACGGCCGGGGAUUAACAGUCCUCCUCUGCUAUUUCUGAAAGUCCGAACGCCAACAUGGAAGCAAGAUGGACGUCCAUACCUGUUGACCUGAACUCCAUCAUCGCUCGCAGAAUAACCCCUUAAUUCAGUUAUCG